AUGGAGAUCCUCUUCGACACCGGAGCCGACCAGUCAUUCAUCAGCCAACGUCUUGCGGACGAAUUGGGACUGGAGUGUACAAAACAGAAAGGAUUUUUAAUGUACACCUUCGGCACAGACAAACCCACACCAGCACACUGUGAGACAACCCAGCUAGAGCUUUGGGACAAUGACGGGAGAAGGCACGCAGUGCAACUCUGCACAACUCCGGUACUUACAGGGAAAGGACACCCUGUUCACCUUGGCACAGAGGGCCGCGAGUUCGUAAGACAACAUCACACUAGUAAAAUCUGUGGGGUGGACCUAGGAAUGUCUGUCGAAACCGACAGACAUUCCUAG